AUGCAAAACUUUAAUUGGACAAAGUAUAGCUAGCAACCUCAAAGUUGAUAUCUCAUGAUAAAAAGUAGACCCUUUAAGGAACUAUAAAUAAACAAUACUUCACUGCUCACUAAAUGUGGUGGGCAAACAACAAGAGAGAAACAAAGAUAAGAAAGUUAAGGGCACUCAUCAAUUACUUCUCAUAACAAAUCAAUCAAGUAAUGGCAUCAUCAGCCUCUUUCCUAAAGGCAACCCCAAGAGUAGGGUUGGACAAUUCUGAGUGGGUUAAGGGUCAGUCCCUUCGCCCUGUCUCUGUUAAGGGCACCUCUGUCCUUGCUCCUUCCUCUUCUCUAUCCAUUAAGGCUAGCUAUGCUGAUGAGCUUGCUAAGACUGCUAAAUCAAUUGCAUCCCCAGGGCGUGGGAUUCUGGCCAUAGAUGAGUCCAAUGCAACCUGCGGAAAGAGGCUAGCCUCGAUUGGACUCGAGAACACUGAGGCCAAUCGCCAAGCCUACCGAACUCUGCUCGUUUCAGCCCCUGGCCUUGGUCAGUACAUUUCCGGAGCCAUCCUUUUCGAAGAGACGCUCUAUCAGUCCACAACUGAUGGCAAGAAAAUUGUUGAUGUGCUUGUUGAGCAGAACAUUGUUCCUGGUAUUAAGGUCGAUAAGGGUUUGGUUCCGUUGGCUGGAUCAAACAACGAGUCAUGGUGUCAAGGACUCGAUGGGCUAGCUUCUCGUUCUGCUGCCUACUACCAACAGGGUGCUCGUUUUGCUAAAUGGCGUACAGUUGUGAGCAUCCCAAAUGGACCAUCUGCACUCGCGGUGAAGGAAGCAGCGUGGGGUCUAGCUCGCUACGCUGCCAUCUCACAGGACAAUGGAUUGGUCCCGAUUGUGGAGCCAGAGAUAUUGUUGGAUGGAGAGCACGGGAUUGACAGGACUUUCGAGGUAGCACAGAAAGUUUGGGCCGAGGUUUUCUUUUACCUUGCCGAGAACAAUGUUAUGUUCGAAGGUAUUCUUUUGAAACCGAGCAUGGUCACUCCUGGUGCUGAGUGCAAGGACAAAGCAACUCCACAACAGGUUUCCGAAUACACUCUCCGCCUCUUACGUCAGAGAAUUCCCCCUGCUGUACCUGGAAUCAUGUUUUUGUCUGGUGGGCAAUCUGAAGUUGAAGCGACCCUUAACUUGAAUGCAAUGAACCAAGCUCCGAACCCAUGGCACGUGUCAUUUUCCUACGCAAGAGCCCUUCAGAAUACAUGCCUCAAGACAUGGGGAGGAAGGCCUGAGAAUGUGCAGGCUGCGCAGGAGGCUUUGCUUCAACGGGCAAAGUCUAACUCUCUUGCGCAGCUCGGCAAAUACACUGGUGAAGGAGAAUCGGAGGAGGCCACUCAAGGAAUGUACGUCAAGAAUUACUCUUACUAAGAUGUGUGCUAAAGAAAUAUUCAUGCUAAUGUUCAGAAAUGAGGAUUUAUCAAGUUGGUGAUCCAAGUGAAAGCAGGCUUAUUAGUUAUUGCCCUUUGUACUUUUAAGUUUUUGAUCUAUUACAAACUCAACUGAUGAUGCUUUCAUUUUACCCUUCAUGUACUUUUUUCUUCACUUUUUGAGUUUUGACCAUGAUUAUAAAGGUUGAGAUCAACUAUAUGAAUUAAUAAAUCGGUUUUAAUGUUCAUCCA